CAAAGUUCAACCUCACAUGCCAAAAACUUUUGCUCCAUCGCCAAUUCCACGCGCGCCAUCACCACAGCUUCCAAGAUGAAGCGCAAAGCAGACGAUAAUGCGACAAAAACCACCAAUGGCUCUGCAAAGAAACAAGCGACCGAAUCUGGCGGCAUCCGAGGCCGCUUUCGCGAAGGACUCUUCGAUCCCGCAACUGUGAAAUCCUACGCCGACGACUAUGCCAAGUCCGGACCAUAUUUACACACUGUCGUAUCUGAACUCAUGAACGAUGACCUCCUCCGUUCCGUACGAAGUGAGAUCACAGAGAGCAUCCAUUUCACACCCAAGGAAACAGACAUUUACAAGAUCCACCAAUCCGGAGAUUUGGCGAACCUGGAUGGCCUACCUGCCUCAGCAUUGGAGAAAUUACCUUCAUUGUUGAAGUUACGAGAUGCGCUGUAUGGAGAAGAUUUCCGGAAAUGGGUCUCCCAAGUCUCUGGAGCUGGACCACUUUCGGGAAAGAAGACUGAUAUGGCAGUGAAUGUCUAUGUUCCGGGAUGUCAUUUGCUUUGUCAUGACGAUGUAAUUGGCACAAGACGUGUCAGUUAUAUCUUGUACUUGACGGAUCCGGAUAAGCCUUGGAAAGCUGUUUGGGGUGGAGCGCUGAGGCUUUAUCCUACUGAUGAGGUGAAGGGUGAGGAUGGGAAGAAGUAUAAGUUGCCAAGGGCAAAGUGGAGUAAGGUCAUUCCUCCGGCAUGGAAUCAACUUUCGUUCUUCACUGUGCAGCCUGGGGAGAGUUUUCACGAUGUGGAGGAGGUGUACAAGCGGGUGGAAGGGGAGAGUGAAGAUGAUGGUGGGAGAGUGCGAAUGGCGAUCAGUGGGUGGUUCCAUAUUCCGCAAGAGGGAGAAGAAGGGUUUGAGCCGGGACUGGAGGAGAAACUGGCAGAAAGGAGUUCCUUGCAGCAGUUGCAAGGCAAAGCUGAUCAGUUUGACGAGCCUCAGCAUCAAUGGGCGUCAUUGGAGGAAGCGGAUGCGAAGGACGAUGAAGAUGCUGAACCGGAGCUGACCGAAGAAGAUUUGGCUUUCUUGAUCAAGUUCAUGACACCAAACUACCUCACACCGGACACUGUCGAGGAGCUGAACGAGUUGUUCACGGAAGAGUGUCUGCUUCAGCUCACAAAUUUCUUGAGCGACAAGUUUUCAAAGAAGCUCAAAGAAUCGCUGGAGAGUGGUCAAGCAGAUGAGUUGACCUGGGCGACAUCACGACCACCGCACAAGCAUCGAUACCAGUAUCUGCAAGCACAGUCGCAGAAUCUGGAGAGCAACGGCACAGAAAUGUCGCCUCUGCAGCAAGUCCUUGACGAACUUCUUCCAAGCUCCGCGUUCCAAAAAUGGCUGGCACUAGUCACAGGCUCUAAGCCAAAGCGCGCAUCUGUGCUGGCCAGAAGAUUCCGCAAGAGUCUCGACUACCAGCUUGCACAAGGCUAUGGAGGCGAUGAGCCGCAACUCGAAUACACGUUGUGUGUCACGCCAACUUCCGGCUGGGGCGCAGAGGAAGAAGGCCCGGAGCAGGAAAACGGCGACAGCAGCAAGACGAAAAAGGAGAAGACUGAAGCAGAGGAAGAAGACAACGUCGGAGGCUACGAGCUCUACAUGGCCGGCGAAGACGACGGCGAUGACAACGAAGACGGAGGGUCCGAUGAUGGGGUCACUAUCCCGCCGAGUGUGCAAUCCGCCACAGGCGCCGGCCAACGUCGCUCGGCCAAAAAGAAGAAAGCGGAUCCUGCUGUCUACCAAGCCGCAGGGGACGACGAAGACGAUGGCAUCUUGUUCAGCAACCCUGCGGGCUGGAAUACGAUGAGCAUCGUGCUUCGUGAUAAAGGAACGUUGAAGUUCGUUAAGUAUGUCUCGCAGGCUGCGCCUGGAGAUCGUUUUGACUUCACUGGAUGUGUUGAGAUAGAGCCUACUGAGGACGAUGAGGAUGACGAAGAGUAGGCAUAGAACAUGACUAAAAGAGUGCUGGAAGAAUUUUCGAUGGGCGUAUGGACCGGGAUAGAGGGAAAAGUCUCUUGUACAAGUAGAUUCGGAUACUACACUAACGACUUAGGCGCACGGUCUUGCAAUACCGCACGCCCGCCGCCACGAG